UCUACAGCUGUAAUAAAGCUUCCAGGGGGAAACCCCGUCGGCCAUUGGGCAUCUUGGAAUCACAUGGACACUUGGUCACGUGGUCUGCUAAGGGAGGGGAGGAGGAGAGUGGGUGGGGUGUUUUCUUUUUUUUUGUGGGUGUAAAUCGAGACAGUAAUGCUCCGCCGAUAAUUCACGGUGCCUCGUAAAAACAAAAAGUGGACAUAAAGCGCCCCGGGCCUACAAAUCACCGGCGCCAAAAUUAUGAGUUCGCUCGACUUCGCCAACGCGCUCUUUUCCAAAUACCAUCGAGCCGCCGCGAGCUGCUCCACUCUUCUCUUCGCAGAUCAUCCAACUUCUCCCUUCCCGACUUUCCCCACUGCUCCCGCGGCGUCCUCUUCGUGCGCCCCCGCGUCCAGCGGAUAUCACCUCCAUGGGUCCGGAGGGAGAGGUGGCCCUCUCCUUCCCACCUCCAUAAUUUCAACGUCUUCUUCCUCUUCUUCCUCCUCCUUCAUCCCCUCCUGUUUGUCCUCGUCACUCUGUUGGUCUCUGAACCGGAGCGGCGGGAGCGCGCCCCGGCCCAGCGGGCAUCCUUCCGAGCCCGCUGAAGUGUGCGCAGCCGGCGGCCCGCUGAGCUUCUCCCCGCAGGGAUGCGCCGCGGAGCGGUUCCCCGGUCUCUCUCCGCUCUCCCCGCUGUCCGGCCUCUCUGAGCCGCCCUGCAGGAGGCAGAGUUACCCGGAGCAGCAGCAGCAGCAGCGGCAGUUAAACGAGGAGGAGCCACGGAUUUACCCCUGGAUGAGAAGCUCAGGUGUCGACCGGAGGCGCGGGCGGCAGACGUACACGCGCCACCAGACGCUGGAGCUGGAGAAGGAGUUCCACUACAGCCGGUACCUCACGCGGCGGCGGCGCGUGGAGAUCGCGCACGCGCUGCGCCUCACGGAGCGCCAGAUCAAGAUCUGGUUCCAGAACCGGAGGAUGAAGUGGAAGAAGGAGAACCGGGGGACGGAGGGCGGCUCCCCGACGGCGGCGUUACCGACGACCGGGGAAGAGGAGGGUGGGGCGGAUGAGGAGGAAGAGGAGGAGGAGGAAGAGGGGGAGGAGGAAGAGGAGUGA